UUAUAUACGUUAGUUUAUUUGCUAAGGUUGUGUGAAACGUUAUUGAAUCUGGAUUGUGGAUAUUAUUUCUGCAUGCACUGUAUUAAAAGGAUUCAAUACAAAACAAAAUUCUCAUCUCCUGAUUGUAGGCAGGAACUUCCGGACAGGAGGUACAUAACAAAUUGCAGAGGGCAGGAAAUGGACUGCAGGAAGAAGGAAGAGCUGCAGAAUCCUUGUGCUACAAACUGGAGAAAAGUGCAAUGCCGUGAUGAUCACAGAUGGAGACUGGAGUUGUUCUGUUAUUAGUACUAAAUCUUUAUGUUCUUUUUGCUGCCAAACAUUCCUGAUAUGGUUUUGGAUUCUUGCAUGAGCUGUGCAUUAGGAAGAUAGUUUUAGUUUGGCGUGAUGCAUUAAAUGAGACCCUUUUAAGAGCUGCUUAAACUUCUCUGUGACAAGAAAAGCAGACACGUCCUUCAGCUUACAAAAAAGAAAAUUGUUGAAUACAAUAAAAUGAUUUUACCUUCCUCAUGGCAAUGUCAGAUGGUAACUUGGAGCUCAAGAGGGAAAAGUCCAAGACUUUGAAAAAGUUGGAAUUGAGUAAUGAAUCCAAGGAAAGUGAUGUUAUGGCCACUCAGAAGACAUCUACCAAUAGUCUGGAGCUUGGACAGCAGAAACCUGUUGGCUUGCUAACAGUACCAGAAACCUUUGAGGAUGUUGCUGUCACAUUCUCAGAAGAGGAAUGGAAAAUGUUGGGAAAACAAGAUAAAGAACUUCACAGAGAAGUGAUGGUACAGAACUAUGAAACCUUGAUUUCAGUAGGCUACGACAUCCUUCCAAGCGCAUUGUUACUGCUAUUAAAAGAGCAUGGUGGACUACCAGAAGGUGGUGUGGAGGGGAAAAUUAUCCAAAGACACAAGAAUAUUCUGGAAUAUAACCAACACAGUUCCAGACGCACAGAAUGCAGUGUGAGUUGCAGUCCACAACCAUCACUUGGAACAUCACAGUUAGAACACCAAGCAGAGAACCUGCAACACUGUGCUCGGCCAAAAGCCUGUAACAAGCUUCAUCUCUCUUCUACACCACAACCUCAGUUAAUGAAUAACGGUUCCAAGAGCUCAAAAUGUGACACAAGUCAGAAAGCUCACAGAGAGAAGAAACUGUAUAAAUGUAUUGAAUGCAGUAAGAGCUUCACAUACCUGACUAGUCUAAGAAGGCAUCGUGCCAUUCACACAGGAGAGAGACCGUUUAAAUGUACUGAAUGCAGUAAGUGCUUUGCACAAAAGGGUCACCUAAAAAGCCAUCAAAACUCUCACACAGGGAAUAGACCAUAUAGAUGUCCUGAAUGCAAUAAGGGCUUCACAUGUCUCAGUAAGCUUAGAAUUCAUCAUGCCAUUCAUGCUGCAGAAAAACCAUAUAAAUGUACUGAAUGCAGUAAGGGAUUCACAUGCCUGAGUAACCUUCGGAGGCAUAAUGCCAUUCACACUGGUGAAAGACCAUAUAAAUGCGAUCAGUGCAUUAAGAGUUUCACAUAUCUCAGUAGUCUUCGAAGGCAUCAUGCCAUUCAUACAGGAGAAAAACCAUAUAAAUGUGCUGAAUGCAGCAAGUGUUUCCCACGUCUCAGUAGUCUUCAGCGGCAUCAUGCCAUUCACACGGGUGCAAAACCAUAUAAAUGUACUGAAUGUGGUAAGUGCUUCACACGUCUCAGUAGUCUUAAAGAGCACCAUACCAUUCACACAGGGAACAAGCUAUAUAAAUGUGCUGAAUGCAGUAAAUGUUUCACUGGUCUCCGUAGUCUUCGACACCAUAUAGGCAUGCACACGGGAGAGAAACCAUAUAAAUGUACUGAAUGCAGUAAAUGUUUCACUCGACUUGGGAGCCUUCGAAAGCAUCGUGCCAUUCACACCGGAGAAAAACCUUAUAAAUGUAUUGAAUGCAGUAAGUGUUUUGCAGUUCUUGGUAACCUUCAACGCCACCAAGCUACUCACACAGGAGUGAAGCCGUAUAAGUGUACUGAAUGCAAUAAAUGUUUUACACAAAAGGGGCACUUAAAAUACCAUCAGAACGCUCAUACAGGAAAUACACCUUAUAAAUGUCCUGAAUGCAACAAGUGUUUUUCACAGAAGAGUAAUCUGUUACGGCAUCUAUACACUCACAUGGAGAAAAAAACAUAUAAAUGUACUGAAUGCAGUAAGUGUUUUACACAGAAAGAACAACUAACAUACCAUCAGAACUCUCAUGUGGGGAAUAAACUUUAUAAAUGUACUGAAUGUAGCAAGUGUUUUAAAUUUCUCAGCAAACUUCAACGACAUUGUGCUACUCACUCUGGAGAGAAACCAUACAAGUGCUCAAUGUGCACUAAGUCGUUUACAGAAAAGGCUAACCUGUUCCAGCAUCAACAGACUCACACGGGGCAGAAACCAUAUAAAUGUGCUGAAUGUGAUAAGUGUUUCACACAGGUAAGCAGCCUUCGAUUGCACCAAGCCCUUCACCAUUUGGCCUUGAUUAGUGGGCAAAAGCAGAAUAUAAAAUUGGAAAAUAUUACCUUCCUCAUGGCGGUGCCGGGUGGUAACUUGGAGCUCAGGAAUGAAGACUCUGAAACUUUGAAGGAGUCACUAUUAGGAAAUGAAUCCAUGGAAACUGAUGUUAUAGCCACUCAGAAGACAUCUGCCAGUAAUCUGAAGCCGAGGCAGCAGGAACCUGCUGGCUUACUAACAGUACCAGAAACCUUUGAGGAUGUUGCUGUCACAUUCUCCGAAGAAGAAUGGAAGAUUUUGGGAAAACAAGAUAAGGAGCUUCACAGAGAAGUGAUGGUACAGAACUAUGAAACCUUAAUUUCAGUAGGCUACGACAUCCUUCCAAGCGCAUUGUUACUGCUUUUAAAAGAGCAUGGUGGACGACCAGAAGGUGGUGUGGAGGGGAAGAUUAUCCCUGGACAAAAGACUAUUCUGGAAUAUAACCUCCACAGUAGUAGUAAAAGCACUGAAAGCACUGUGAGUUGCAGUCAGCAAGCAUCACUUGGGAUGCCCAAGUUACAACAUCCGACUAAGAACCUGCAGCACAGUGCUCGGCCAAAAGGCUACAACAAGCUACAUCUCCCUUCUGUAUCAAAAACUCAGUCAAGAAAUAACUGUGACAGGAACUCUGAGGAUGACACAAGUCAGAAAGCUCACAAAGAGAAGAAAGUAUAUAAAUGUGAUGAAUGCAGUAAGAGCUAUGCUUACCUGACCAGUCUUCGAAAUCACCGUGCCAUUCACACGGGGGAGAAACCGUAUAAAUGUACUGAAUGCAGUAAGUGUUUUUCACGAAAAGAACACUUAAAAAGCCAUCAGAGGUAUCAUGCAGGAAGACCAUAUAAAUGUCCUGAAUGCACUAAGGGCUUCACAUGUCUCAAUAAGCUUAAAAUUCACCAUGCCAUUCAUACAGCAGAGAAACCAUAUAAAUGUACUGAAUGCGGUAAGAGCUUCACACGCCUCAGUAACCUUCGACAGCACAGUGUCGUUCACACAGGUGAAAGACCAUAUAAAUGCGAUCAAUGCAGUAAGAGCUUCACACGCCUUAAUAGUCUUCGAUGGCAUCGUGCCAUUCAUACAACAGAGAAACCACAAAAAUGUGCUGAAUGUAACAAGUGUUUCCCACAUAUCCGUAGCCUUCAGCGGCACCGUGCCAUUCACAAGGGAGCAAAACCUUAUAAAUGUACUGAAUGUGGUAAGUGCUUCACGCGUUUCAGCAGUCUUAAGGAGCACCAGACCAUUCACACAGGGAUCAAGCUGUAUAAAUGUGCUGAAUGCAAUAAGUGCUUCAGUGGUUUCCGUAGUCUCAGACACCAUAUUAGCUUGCAUACUGGUGAGAAACCAUAUAAAUGUACUGAAUGCAGUAAAUGUUUUACUCGUCUUGAGAGCCUUCGAAAUCACCGUGCCGUUCACAUGGGAGAGAAACCAUAUAAAUGUACUGAAUGCACCAAGUGUUUUACAUCUCUUCGUAGCCUUCAAAGGCAUCAAGCUACGCACACAGGAGUGAAGACCUAUAAAUGUACUGAAUGCAGUAAAUGCUUUUCACAAAAGGGACAUUUAAAAUACCAUCAGAACUCCCAUACAGGAAAUACACCUUAUAAAUGCCCUGAAUGCAGUGAGAGUUUUUCACGGAAGAGUGAUCUGUUGCGGCAUGUAUACAUUCACAUGGAGAAAAAAAACUAUAAAUGUACUGAAUGCGGUAAAUGUUUCACACAGAAGGAGCAACUAACAUAUCAUCAGAACUGUCAUACAGGGAAUAAACUGUAUAAAUGUGUUGAAUGUAGCAAGUGUUUUAAAUUUCUCAGCCAACUUCAAAGCCAUUACACUACUCAUUCUGGGGAGAAGCCAUAUAAGUGCACAGUGUGCAGUAAGUCUUUUCCAGGAAAGGCUAACCUGCUCCAGCAUCAACAGACUCACACAGGGGAAAAACCAUAUAAAUGUGCUGAAUGUGGUAAGUGUUUCAAACAUGUAAGCAGCCUUCGACUGCACCAAGCCCUUCACCAUUUGGCCUUAGUUAGUAGGCAAAAGCAGAAAAUAAAGUUGGAAGAUUGAAGUAUCAAGAAAAAAACAUAUCCUGGCAGAAGAAUGUGAUGUAAAAGAACUGGAACAAGAGGGAGUGUAUAAAUAUCUGGGAAUACUUUCAAGACAGCAAAGCAGUAUGGACAAAAUAGAGCAGCCUGAAGCCAAAACUGAAAAAUGCCUUGAAAUCUAGAAAUGAAGUUUAAGCUACAAAUCAGCUUGCUUCCCUGUUUACAUUGCUUUGGUGUGAUUUGACUGGUGUGCAAAUGUUAAGUAUCACUAAGCAUAAAGAAGUUUUUUGUUUUCCUAUCAAAAAAUGUCAGUGCAUGACAAGACUGAAGCCAUUCCUUGGCCUGCAAGAUACAGAAACCUCCAUGAAACUCACUACUCCUGGUGUGUGCGUGGCGUGUGUGUGUGUGCGUGCGUGGCGUGUGUGUGUGUGCGUGGCGUGUGUGUGUGUGUGUGC